AUGGACGCGGUGCUGCUGGAGCCCUUCCCCGGGGGCCUGGACGCCUUCCCGGCAGCCUACCUGGACGACGAGGACUUCCUCACCGACCAGUCCUCCCGGGACCCCCUGGAGGACGGCGAGGAGCUGCUGGCGGAGGAGCACGCCCAGGUGGACUUCCUCGGCCACGAGCUGCACGAGUGCUGCUACCGCGACGGGGCGUGCCUGCUGCUGCCGCCGCCGCCCGCGCCCGCGCCGCCGCCGCCGCCGUCGGGGGCCCCCGGGGAGCCCGAAGACCUCGGGGGCCCCGGCUACUGCUGCGGGGCGGCCGUGGGCCCCGGCGCCUUCCCCUACUCGCCCGGCUCGCCGCCCGCGUGCCUGGCCUACCCGUGCGCCCCCGGGGCGCGGCUGCGUGGCCUGGGCGGCGCGGUGGCGGCGCGGCGGCGGCGGCGGGUGCGCUCCGAGGCGGAGCUGCAGCAGCUGCGGCAGGCGGCCAACGUGCGCGAGCGGCGGCGCAUGCAGUCCAUCAACGACGCCUUCGAGGGGCUGCGCUCGCACAUCCCCACGCUGCCCUACGAGAAGCGCCUCUCCAAGGUGGACACGCUGCGCCUGGCCAUCGGCUACAUCAACUUCCUCAGCGAGCUGGUGCAGGCCGACCUGCCACUGCGCGGCGGCGGCGGCGGCGGUGCGGGCGGCGGCGCGGGAGGCGGCGGGCCGGGCGGCGGGCGCCUGGGCUCGGACAGCCCGGGCAGCCAGGCCCACAAGGUCAUCAUUUGCCAUCGGGGCACGCGUCCCCCAUCCCCCGGCGAUCCGGAUUACGGACUCCCGCCGCUCGCCGGACACUCACUCUCGUGGACUGACGAGAAACAGCUCAGCGAACAGAACAUCAUCCGGACAGCCAAAGUGUGGACGCCCGAGGACCCCAGAAAGCUCAGCGGCGUGGAAAACCAGCCGCCUUUGGAGGUGGCGUCCUGA